AUGCGCCGAAUAACGAGACUCGGCAGGUCAAUUGACCUGCUCCGAGCCAGGGCGGCUGCCCAAACACCAUCUCCUUACCUCUGCUCGGCGUGCCAGCUCCAAGCUACCUCCUUCUCGACAACCAGCAUCCGAGCAGCUCGCAACAACGGAAAAGUUCCUUUCACAGAGAAAAUCCGUCAGCGGAUAUGGGGCACAGACAAGCCACCAGGAUUAGAAGAUCCCUAUGGAGAUAGAAGCGUUUUCGACAGGACGAAAAAACGAGCCAAGGUCGAAGAAGCCGAGGAGAGAGAAGACCAGCUGGAGGAGGCAAAGCCAACACCAGAUUUGAGCACAUACGAACCUGCAUCUACGUGGGAUGGAUUGGAGAAAGUUGGGGGCUUUGGAAAUUGGUGGAAAGAAAAUUGGGAUCCGGAUCAUCAGUUCCGAGGAUUCCUGCCAGCGGAGGUUAUAAAGGAUUCGGAUGAGGUUACGGCGGCUUUGCACAGAGCUAUUGUGGAAGUUUUUGCGUUGCAGCAGGUUGGAAUGCCGCCGAAGGAUAUAUCAGCGGCGAUACCGGGUGUUGAUCUUACGCAUGAAGUUCAGAUCAGCCCUACUGCGACGGGAGCUACAUUACAAUUCUCACAGAAAGCUUCACUCGAACAGGUUAUUCAAUCAUUAACACCGGCUGUGGACGAUGAGACUACUGUUAAGGAGAACCCGACUGAAUCUGAGGAAGAUGUUGCAGCCGACAGAUCAACGAUUGAUCCUCUCCAUCCUAGCUCCCCUGAAGUUGAAGUGGACGAGACCGCAGAGAAGGGAAAUCCAACAGAAUCGGAAGAAGACGUGGCAGCAGACCGGUCUACUGUGGAUCCUUUGUCGGGCUCUACUCAAAUGACUUACGGUGAACUCGUCGCUUCCUGGGAUCCAUCAUGGCUUCAGAUUUCCUUGGAGAAUCCCGAAAUCAAAUUUGCAAUAGUGAAGCGUACGAUGCAAUUGACCGGACUGCGGAUACCAGAUGCUGCCAUCAUGCCAGCCAAGACUGUCAAAGGCCUCCUCGCCCACCUCGUUAAGCCUCCCAAACCCCGCAAACUUGUCGAUGCUCUUCAGCAAAAGGAAGAGCUGAUGAAUAUUCCGAACGUCAGUAUCUACGCGAAGAGAGUCACCCCAAUCGAUAAGCAUAAGAGUGUUGGUAGAUGGAAGGUCAUUGAACAAAGGUUGACAGAGCGGGGCCUUCCAGUAACUGGCCAUGAAGGACAGUCUCAUGCGUAUGGAGACUAUAGAUGA